CCAGUCUAGGGCGCCACCGCCCACUUAGGGCUGGCCCCAGCUGGCGGCCGGGACGCGGAGUCAGGCCGGGCUGGGCGAACACACGCCAUGGCCCCGUGGCUGCAGCUCUGCUCAGUCUUCUUCACGGUCAACGCCUGCCUCAACGGCUCGCAGCUGGCGGUGGCCGCGGGCGGCUCGGGCCGGGCGCGGGGCGCUGACACCUGUGGCUGGAGGGGAGUGGGUUCGGCCAGCAGGAACAGUGGACUGCACAGCAUCACCUUGCGCUACGACAACUGCACCACUUACUUGAGCCCAGUGGGGAAACAUGUGAUUGCUGAUGCCCAGAACAUCACCAUCAGCCAGUACUCGUGCCAUGACCAAGUGGCAGUCACCAUUCUCUGGUCCCCAGGCAGCCUAGGCAUCGAGUUCCUUAAAGGAUUUCGGGUGAUACUGGAGGAGCUGAAGUCUGAGGGGAGACAGUGCCAACAACUGAUCCUCAAGGACCCCAAGCAGCUCAACAGUAGCUUCAAAAGAACUGGGAUGGAAUCUCAGCCUUUCCUGAAUAUGAAAUUCGAAACGGAUUACUUUGUGAAGAUUGUCCCCUUUCCCUCCACUAAAAAUGAAAGCAAUUAUCACCCAUUCUUCUUCAGAACCCGUGCCUGUGACCUGCUGUUACAGCCAGACAACCUGGCCUGCAAACCUUUCUGGAAGCCUCGGAAUCUGACCAUCGCACAGCAUGGUUCAGACAUACAGGUGACCUUUGACCCUGCGCCACCUGCCUUUGGCUUCCGCUUCUUCUGUCUCCACUACAGACUCAAGCAUGAAGGUCCCUUCAAGCGAAAGGCCUGCAAGCAGGAACAAAAUGCAGAGACAACCAGCUGCCUCCUUCAAAAUGUUUCUCCAGGGGAUUAUGUCAUUGAGCUGGUAGAUGACACAAACACAACCAGGAAAAUUGUGCAUUAUACCUUGAAGCCAGUGCAUUCCCCAUGGGCCGGGCCCAUCAGAGCCGUGGCCAUCACUGUGCCACUAGUGGUCAUUUCUGCAUUUGCAACGCUCUUCACUGUGAUGUGCCGUAAGAAGCAACAAGAAAAUAUAUACUCCCACCUAGAUGAGGAGAGUUCCGAGUCAUCUGCAUACUCCACAGCACUCCCUAGAGAGCGUCUCCGGCCGAGGCCAAAGGUCUUCCUCUGCUACUCCAGUAAAGAUGGCCAGAACCACAUGAAUGUCAUCCAGUGUUUUGCCUACUUCCUCCAGGACUUUUGUGGCUGUGAGGUGGCUCUGGACCUGUGGGAAGACUUCAGCCUGUGCAGAGAAGGGCAGAAAGAGUGGGUCAUCCAGAAAAUCCAAGAGUCCCAGUUCAUCAUCGUGGUGUGUUCCAAAGGCAUGAAGUACUUUGUGGACAAGAAAAACAACAAGCACAAAGGAAGCAACCGGGGCUCCGGGAAAGGGGACCUCUUCCUAGUGGCUGUGGCCGCCAUCUCAGAGAAGCUGCAUCAGGCCAAGCAGAGCUCGGCAGCAGCACUCAGCAAGUUCAUCGCUGUCUAUUUCGAUUAUUCCUGCGAGGGAGACAUCCCCAGUGUGCUGGAUCUGAGCACCAAGUACAAGCUCAUGGACAACCUUCCCCAGCUCUGCUCACACCUGCACUCCCGGGAUCAUGGCCUCCAGGAGCUAGGCCCCUACCCCGGACUCACCAGCAGGAGGAACUACUUCCGCAGCAAGGCAGGCCGCUCUCUCUAUGUGGCCAUCUGCAACAUGCACCAGCUCAUUGACGAGGAGCCCGACUGGUUUGAGAAACAGCUGGUCCCCUCACAUCCUCCCUUGCUCUGCCGCCCAGAGCCAGUGCUGGAGAAGUUUGACUCUGGAUUGGUUCUAAAUGAUGUUACGUGCAAACCUGGAACUGAGAAGGACUUCUGCUUCAAGGCGGAGGUGGCCAGCCUCGGAGGUUUGCCCACCAAGGAGCACUUGGAGGAGGGUCAGCAGUUGGGGCUGGACGACGAGGUAGAGGCAAGGCUGGGUCCUGGUGGCUGCUCAGUCCUGCAGCCCCUGCUGCACUUGGGGAAAGCCACCAGUCCCUCUGACAUGCCACGGGACUCAGGCAUUUAUGACUCGUCUGUACCCUCAUCUGAGCUGUCCCUGCCCUUGAUGGAGGGACUUUGCACAGACCACACAGAGACAUGCUCGCUGGCGGGAAGCAUGUCUUCCUCUUCAGGCCUGGGUGAGGAAGACCCACCUGCUCUUCCUUCCAAGCUUCUCAUCUCUGGAGCAUGCAGAGCAGAACCCAGUUGCCACAGCUAUGCUGACGGACUCCACGCGGUUGCCUCACUGUAACCAAACAGAAGCAUCUAAGCAUUGCCACUUUAUCUGCCUCAUCUCUCUGGCUCCCAGCUCAUCUCUCUGGUUCUAUGACCCACUUGGAGCUGCAGUCUCCAGCAAAGAUAUUUGGAGUGACACUUGGGGCCUGUCUUUGCUUUCCUCAGCCAUGCAUACUGUCAAAGCCUUCAAUUUCCUAAAACCACUGGGACUCUGAAAGACACAGCAGGAAAAGACAACAGACCAGUCUGUGGACUUGAACCAGUCUGUGGAUUUGAACCAGUCUGAGACAGCAAGGAAACCUGGAGAGAGAAGCAGUACAGAAUCCACACUGAUCAAUCAGAAUGAAUUGAUCUCUGCAGACAUCACCUGUUUGUGUUGGCCACGUACAAUUUGAAAAGCCUUGAGGGAAAAACACCUUUAGUGCCAAUUACAGCCUCAGAAAUCAA